AUGGCCACCUUUGUCUCAUUGGGCCUCCAUCGCCCCUCUGCUCUGCCCUACCUGAUUUCGGAAUCCAUCCUCCCUGAACAUCACUCCUCAAACGACUACAUCUGGAAAGUCUAUCCAGGUCCCUUGAAUGAUUCCGAACAUGAGCUUCUAUACACAUCCAAGUGUGUAGUCUGGUCACAAGAUGGUCAUGUCCGAAAAGUCUUCAACUUCGACUCGCGAAAGCAGUCCGUUAGCCAUGCUUUGAUCACGCGCUUUCGCAAUCAUCCUCCCUCCAAAACUUCUACCACAGCCUCAGACCAUGUCAUCUCUUACGCCGCAACUGCAUACACAUCAAGAUGGGGUACAAAGUCUCAGCGUGACCCCAGGAGCCUACUGUCACUGAGCACUAGCGACCCACACGGCUUCGACCGUGCUUUGGUCAUCGUUUUGAAGUCUGAGAUGCACAUCCACUACCUCUCUGGAUCAAGCCAUGUACUUAACGUACCGUUCGACGUCGAGAAAGCUUUUCCUGCCAUCGAUGGUCUUGUCGUGCAGAGGAAGGCCACUGCAGUCACCAAAGAAUCUCCUACCCCUACCAUUCCUGCUGCACCCCCAAACUCUUUUGCCUCUUCUCAGCCGUACUUGUUCUCUCAACCAAAAUCUCCCGAGUUAAGGCCCAAUCGCUACCGUCCAAGUGUUCUACCUCCAAGCCCAUCAGCUCACUUCAAUCUCGAUGCUUUGUUCCAGGAUCUUACCAAAAGCCCUGAAUCACACACGAUCGAUGAACUGCCUCGAUUCUAUUCAUUAGAGAAUCCACUGUCGGACUUGGCGCCUGUGUCACACGCCAGUGUUUGUCGCCAACCUCGAUUUCCUCGCCCUGGAGCCCCUAGUGGUCCCAUUGUCGAAUAUGACAUGCUUGACCCUGCGGAAGAGCUUGUUUACGUGUCCUCUCAGGACGAACUUGCUGAUACUGCAGAACCCGAGGAUGCGCCUCUCUUCUUGCUGGUCACUGUGAACAGAGAGCUAGGUCAAAUCACGGUCUGGCAAGCGUGGUAUCUGCAACCUCCCAAGCUCUCCGACCUAUUAUCACAAAGAGCUGCACAUCAAGCAGCCAAGGCUAAGCGUCCUAGCUCCGUGAUGACUAGUCGUACAGCUGGCGCUGCCACUCCUGCCCUAAAGCCCCGUGAUCAUCGCGACAGGGUACGUGAGAGUUUUGCUGCUUCCACUAGACUGUCUGUUGCUUCAACUACAAGACCUUCACAAGACGACGAAGAAGUCAUGGCAUCACAAAUGGACCCGGAAUAUUUGCUUAAGAAGCCUUCUGGCGGUCCCAGACGAGUGAGUUCUAUCCUCUCACGUGGUGAUGUUGGCAACUCGGAUCCGUCCAUCAAGCAAACCGCCCUUGGUGCUAGCUUUAGCGGAGCUGGCCGUAGGUAUCCUUCAAUGGGAAGCUUUACAGAUCGCGAUCGUCGAAGUCUUGGAGGCAACCAGGUACUUCGCAAGAGUCGCGCGUCAACUCCAGGAAGCAUCUUCAGCAAAAGUAUCGGACCAGAUGAUGUCACUGAGAUUGAAAGUAGCCGAAUGCAAGACUACAACGAUGAAUCUGAGAGUGCUGAGCGACUCAUCGGGGCUACUCACAGAUCUGCCGGUACUGAGUCUGUUCUAGGCUCUUCGCCUGACGGCCUUCGAAAAGAGCUUGUUAUACGCAAGCUCGAUGUCUUCAUGACUGAUGUCUCAAACUUCGGAUCCAUUGCGAUCGAAGAUCUAGUCAAGGUCUUUCCACUGGUCCAUCAAUCUCAGUCAGAGCAAAGCAGUUGUCUGAUCUCACUAUACAUCCUCGACGCCUCAUCGAAGUCCAUGACAACAGUCAAACUGCGUGUACAGAGGAAGGAUGAGACAAGGCUCCAGGAAGGCAAAGAUACAACAGCACGAUACAUGCCUAUACCAUUCCUAUGUGACCGCAACAUAACACAUGACAUUGCCGACAUCACUAAGCUUCAGGAUGGUCGUGUAACAGCCAUUGCCUACCUCUCAGAAAAGUCCCGGGAACUUGGCAUUAUACCUGCGCGAGGUGUCACAUGGUCGCUACCGAUCUUGCGGCAUAUACGCAUGGAACAUCCCUCUGAUAUUGCAAGUAUUCUCCACUCGACUCCAGAGGGCACGCAAGAGUCAAUACCACUCCAGUGGCCUUGCAAAUUACAGCACCCUGGAAACCAUGGUAAGAUCACUAUAAAUUCAUCAGACGGCCUCCAGAACCGAGUUCAGCUACGACUUAGUCCGAAAUCUACAUCUGUGCGCCAAAUUCUGGAACUAUGUCAAUCAGUGCUUCCAGCAAAAGAAGGAGGUUCGAUUGCGGCCAUCUGGUGCAACAUACAUCACCGGUUCGCUGCUGAUGAGAUCCAACUUACUAGCGGUCUCGAUGUUGAGUGGGAAGCGAUGAUCAUAGCUCUCUUCGCGUUUGCAGCUGGCUCGAUCGGAAGGACAUUACGUGGCAAUCAAAGGAGUAAAUCUUUUAUGGCAGAUGGAGCCCGACUUGGAACCUACGGAAGCCAACUGCGAUCUAGAAGCCUGAAGUCAGAUCUUGAUAAACUCACAUCGCCCGCCUGGAGCUGGCUUGAGAAGCCUACUAUGACCUCCAAGCUCAGUGCUAUCACUCCAAGAUCAAGACUACGGACUCCUCGCAGCACGCAUAAGACUAAGAAGCAUCCAUUCUCGUUGAUAGAAUACGAGACGAUGGCCCGCCACCUACUGCAUGACAUCGCUGUAGAUGAGCUGGACUGGCUGGUGUCAUCGGAGGCUGCCAGCUCACGUUAUGCAUGUUGUACCAAAAUCAUGCUUGUUCUGUACCUUUUCAGAGAAGAGCGCAAACUGAACUCACUUUCUGACGAUGCGGAGGGAAUUGUCGCUGGUUCUCUUUGUGCCAUCAUCGCCCAAUUUGGGCAGUGGCUCUCACUUGAUCCAUGGUGCUACAGAGCUGGUUCCUACUAUGAUUCAGAUGGCGAGAUAGAUGAUUGGGAGCUGUCUUCGUCCAUGAUGAACACAACUGUGAAGACUUUACAGAGCACAUGUCCGCUUCCUCAAUCCGUCUUUGCUUGGGUCGAGAAGAACUUUGUCCAGGGAACAUCAGAACAAUUCUUGGGUGUUGAAACGAUAGCUUCCUUGUGGACAGAUUCACCACCUACCAUACCUUGGAAACUUACGGGCGAAAUCCUACCUCGACUGACGUCUCUGCGAUCGUUGGCUGCUCGUUUCUCUGCCAUAAGAGCCUUGCCAAGUGCAUUGGUAGAGACGAUGAAGGACGCAGGUUUUGGUUCUGAGGCUUUCGAAACUCUCCCUGAGGGUGUGCUUGCUCCACUUCGCGAAGCUAUCAGUCGUUGUCAAACAGCACCGCCAACAACCUGGUCUUCAGAUCUUCUAGAGUUUGUCGCACGCGAGGAUCUGAUUGGCUUAUCACAGCUGAAUAAAGACGCCAGUCGUCCGUCUAGCCGAGGCGCACCGUCUAACGUGCUAGUCCCUCACGAUGUGCAGACUAUCUACAGCUCUGCAGACCGAGCUCCUCUCACAGCCAAAACACAUGAAGCAGAAAGACACGCAGUAAUCUCGCUCAUCUUCUCUGAAGACCGUCGCUUUGUUGAUGCCGCCCGACUGAUGAAUCCGACUGCCGUUCAGGUUGCCGAAUGCCCACCUCAACCCGAAUGGUCAGAAGUCGAGCAUCUAGAACAGCAAAAGCGAGUGAUGCAAUGGGUGAUGGUAAGGACACUUGCACUAUCACCUGGAGAUGGUAUGAUUCACUUUGAAAGUCAGCGUCCUCUUCUCUCGGAAAAGUUCCAUAUCAAGGGCUUUAGUACAUCAUGUCAGAUGAAGCCAAUGGAUACCACCAUCAGUGCGGACCGAAGUGGGUUCACAGAAGAAAAGUUCGCCUGGACUUUCUUCCAUGCUGGUGUCUCUGCAGGACUGAGCAUCUCGCGAAAUGCUACCGGCAUUGACACUUCUUGGAUUGUCUUCAACAAACCUACGGAGCUCAACAACCGUCAUGCUGGAUUCCUGCUCGCGCUUGGUAUCAACGGUCAUCUAAGGACUCUUGCCAAAUGGCUCGCUUUCAAAUACUUGACCCCCAAACACAACAUGACAUCAAUAGGUCUUCUACUUGGGCUGUCGGCAUCAUAUCUCGGCACCAUGGACACCCUGCUUACUCGAAUGCUGUCGGUACACAUCACGAGAAUGCUUCCUCAUGGUGCCGCUGAACUAAACGUUUCACCAAGCACACAAACUGCCGGACUCAUGGGCAUCGGGCUGGUUUACUACAACACGCAACACCGACGAAUGAGUGAGAUAAUGCUCUCUGAGGUUGAACAUCGUGAGAUCGAGGACCCUGGAAGUACAAUGGACCAGUUACGCGACGAAUCAUAUCGACUUGCUGCAGGAUUAGCUCUUGGAUACAUCAAUAUUGGGAAGGGUCGGGACCUGCGUGGUCUUCAUGGCAUGAACCUUUUGGAGCGAUUGCUGACUGUUGCCAUUGGUCCUCGACCAGUAGAACUGGUUCAUGUCGUCGACAAAGCCACUGCUGGUGCAAUUGUUGCAAUCACCUUGAUCUACAUGAAGACUGGAGACCAGUCAGUGGCACGCAAGAUAGACAUACCUGAUACUAUUGCUCAGCUCGAGCAUUGCCGUCCGGACAUACUGCUUCUUAGGACUGUUGCAAGCCACCUUAUCAUGUGGGACGCAGUCACUGACAAGCCUGAUUGGGUCCGUAGGAACCUUCCUAGCGAAUACGUGCACCGUUAUUAUGGUUCCAAAAACUCGAUCGAGAUGACAACUCUUCCUCAACUACGCAGUAAGGAUGUACCGGUCUUCAACAUCUUGACUGGCCUUGCUUGGAGUUUGGCCCUAAGGUUCGCUGGUAGCGGUAAUCAACGAGCGAGAGACCAAGUAAUCGCAAUCCUCAAGGCGUUCAUCGCAGUAUCUAAGCAGGACGCAUUCUUCUACGACGCCAAACUAGCCAGAGCUACGGUGAAGCGCUGUAUCGAUGUACUGGCGCUUGCUAUGGCUACUAUCAUGGCAGGUACUGGUGACCUUCAAAGCUUCAGAUAUCUGCGUUCAUUGCAUGGCCGAGUCGACGCAGAAACAACAUACGGAUCACAUCUGGCAGCUCAUCUUGCAAUCGGCACCCUCUUCCUUGGUGGUGGUACAUAUACUUUCGGGACAUCCAAUUUUGCGAUCGCGUCUUUGAUGUGUGCAUUCUACCCUCUCUUCCCAAGCGAUGUUUUAGACAACCGUGUCCAUCUGCAAGCACUCAGACAUUUCUGGGUUUUUGCCGCUGAGCCCCGUUGCAUUGUCGUACAAGAUAUUGAUACCAAACGUCCAAUUCACGUCAAGCUCCGCGUCGUCACUCGAGAUGGCAGACAGCAACAGAUGACUUCUCCAUGCUUGCUGCCAGAAUUGAGCACAAUCUCACGCAUCAGCACAGACGAUCCCACUUACUGGCAAGUCACACUUGACUUUGCGGCGAACCCAAAGCAUCUCGCCACCUUCCGUCGCUCGCAAACAGUCUACGUGCGUCGUUGUCCACCAGGCGAAGCUUCAAAUAGUGUCUUCAGUACUACUUUGUCGGCUUUGAUCGAUGCUCAGUCCAGCAUCGGUGGCCGUCAGAUGUGGGAGUGGAUUAUCAACCUUCCUGCCUUCGAGGACUUUGACCAAGCAGACUUUAGUCUUGUCUUGUCUUCUGAUCCGCGUAGCGCGACACACUUGGAUGAGAAAUUGACAACUGUGGACAGCAGGCUGGUGUUGAUCCGCAGCGUGGAGACUCGCAAGGCGAAUGCGCUAUGGAGCAUGCGAUUGCUCUUUGCUUGGGCACAAGAUGCGAUGGACAACGGAGAUGGAAGGCUGAGAUGGAUAGGCAAACAUGUGGUGGACAUGUUGCGGGCGAAAGUGGCAGACAGAAUGGGAAAUCCCUGA